CACUUCCCACCAUAAAGCACAGAGCUCUGACACACACAUCAACAGUGAAAUUCAUGGGAUAGAAACAGUAGACAGAAGAAAAGACUUGUUUCUCCCUCUCUCUAUACUUGGAGGAAUACAUACAUUAGAAAGAAGAAGAACACCAAGACUUCCUUUUUUUUCUGAACCAAUCCAUCUCAUACCCAACACAAAAAAGAACGAAAAGAAAAACAAAAGUCUUUCCUUUCCAUUGAAGAAGAUCAAAGCUACGACAACAAGACCAAGUCACUAACAGAGGGCUCCUUCUUAUAUCAGAUCCUUUUCCUUUUUGUUUUACUCUACCUCAACUAUAUGGGUUCAAUCUAUUCCAACUGAUCAAGAAAUUUGUUCAAGGGUUUUUUAGCCUAAUCAGCUUACAUGGAGGAGAAAGUUGGACUAGGUAUUCGUAAUUGGGAUUUUUCGAAGCAAACAGUUACAGAUCAUGCAGCUCUGAAACCUGUUUCCGGAAUUCCAGUAUCGAGUAGCACUACUACCGAGCAUCAACCCCACCCGCACCAUUAUCACCAACACCACCAACAUCAACAACACCAGCACCAACACCAGCACCAGCACCAGCACCAACUCCAACACCAACAACAACAUCAACUCCAACAUCAACAUCAACACCAACAUCUACAGCAACAUCCGCUUCCACAUCCACAACCACUUCCGCAUUUACAUCCACAGGAACAGCAACAUCAACAUCAUCAGGCUGCUUUUUUGAAAAUGGGUAUGUAUCCGAACAGACAUUCUAUGAUUUCUGAAUCUGAAACAGACCUAAAUGCUGUGGAUUAUGCCAAUCAUUGUUGGGUUCAUCAAAGAAGUUUCCUCCCUCCAACAAAAGCCAGUCAAACUCCAAUUCUUACUACUCAUAUAAACACUGAAACUGGUCUUCCUGUUAUUCCAACUAGCUUGGGUAUGCCAAUAGAUGGGCCAAUCCAAGACGAUGAAUUCGGAACUAAAUCCUCAAAGACUAAAAAGCAGAGUUCAGCGAAGAAAUCUGAAAAAGUUGCUAAGGUUUUGAAAACAAAGGAACCAAAGAAGAAAUCUGCAGCAUCCACGAAGAAGAAGGGGAACUCGAUUUCCACUGCAAUUCGUGAGAAGAAGAAUCUCGAUAUCAUUAUUGAUGGAUCUGCAAUGGAUUUUUCUCAGGUACCUACCCCUGUUUGUUCAUGUACUGGUAUGCCUCGUCAAUGUUACAGAUGGGGUGCUGGUGGGUGGCAAUCUUCAUGUUGCACUACAAAUUUAUCCGAAUAUCCUCUACCAAUGAGUACUACGAGACCUGGCUCUCGUUUAGCUGGCAGGAAAAUGAGUAAUGGUGCUUACGGUAAGCUCUUGCAAAGACUAACAGUUGAAGGGUACGAUCUCUCUCAUGCAAUUGAUCUGAAGGAUCAUUGGGCAAAACACGGUACUAAUAAAUUUGUUACAAUUAAGUAAUUCAUGUAUUAGAAUCGUAGAUUUGUAGUAGUAUCGAUAUUUAACUUAUUGGCAUGCGUAAAAAGUUAAUGUGUUUUUCCGUAUCUUCGAACAGAAUGUGUUUUUCUUUUCUUUCAUCUAUGAAUUAGAGACAUUUCAGAAGCGAUGGUGUAAAAAUGGCAUGUUGUUGUAACUUAAGAAAUUCCUUCUAGUUUUAAUGGAUCUGGAACUUGGUUGUUAAUCUAUUGGAAGAUAAAUAUUGCUACUGCUCCCUCAUUUA